AUGGCUGACCAAGUGGCGCAACAAUGGCGCCAGGGCCUGUCCGCAAUGGAGCGGUACGACAACAUCCAGAACAUCAAGGCCAUCCUCGAGGCAACAAGCCCCACAGACGAGGCCACUACUCCUACUCACCAGAGGGCCUUUGCCAUCGAGACUGAGGCAUACAGCAACGCCACCACCAGAGAGCAAUACAACUCAGCAUGUCUAUUGAAAUCACCACCAGGGGACUCGGCCGUUGGCCAUCGAUCCCAUGCACAAGGCGACCAUGCAGAGGUCAGACCAGAGUCUCCAGGCAUCACGAUUGGAAACUACCAUGAGUGCCACUAUAUCUCUGGCGGCGUCACAUCACAAGUCUACAGGUGCAAAGCGGUCGCCCUCAAAGUCAUUGUCGAGACUCACAACAUCGAGCCGCACAACCCCCUCCGCGAAGCAAAGAUCCUGGAGCUGCUCGAGGAGCCAUGCAUCAUCCGCCUUCUCGAGACGUUCCGUGACCAGGAACAGCGCCUCGUGCUCGCCAUGCCUUAUAUGCCUCUGACCCUGCAGCAUCUCAUCGACAGAGGGCCCCCGCUCGAGCGAGGGCAAGUCACGGCACACUUCGGCGCGCUGUUCAGGGCUCUAGCGCACAUCCACGCGCAGGGGAUCAUCCAUCGCGACAUCAAGCCCUCGGCCGUCUUGCUCGCCUCGCCCCACCAAGGGCCAGCAUACCUGUCCGACUUUGGCACCGCGUGGCACCCAGGGCUCUCCAGCACCUCCGAGCCCGCGGACAACAAGAUCCUCGACAUCGGCACCGGCCCGUACCGCGCGCCCGAGGUCCUCUUCGGGGACAAGUCGUACACCACGGCCGUCGACAUCUGGGCCGCGGGCGUCAUGCUGACAGAGUGCUGCCGCCGCCGCCCUCGCGGCGGCGACCCGGCGGCGGCACCGCUCGGGCCAAUCUUCGAGUCCCGCGCGGUGCACGAGGACGGGAACCAGCUCAGCCUGAUCCUCAGCAUCUUCAAGACGAUCGGCAGCCCCACGCCCGAGACCUGGCCGGCAGCCAAGAACUUCAGGACCCCGCCGUUCGAGAUGUAUCAGUCCUUUGCCGGCAGGCCCUGGGCAGACCUGCUCGUCGGUGUCGAUGAGGAUGUCGCCGGUCUGAUCCAGUCCAUGUUGCGGUAUGAGAGCAGCACGAGGCCGUCCGCGGAGGAGAUACUUGCGUCCAAACUUUUUGACGUACAGAGCGCCCCGCCGUGA